CUUUUACUUUCAGGGGCAUCAGGUAAAAAAAACAAACCCAAACCACAAAAUCUCAGUAUUUAAAUUUCAGUCCUUUCUCCUUUAUCUGCGCUUCCCUUCCACUGAUUGCACCUGUCUCUGAAAACCAAGGAUCCGAACACGAUCGAGAGUUUUGUUCUGAGGAAGACGUAUGAUAACGAGAGCUCGUCCGAGUCUCCUCACGCCCGCCGCCAUCGUGCCAGCCGCCUCGCAGCCGGCGGGGACCCCGUUUCCACAGGCCUUUCCCUCCCGCAGGCCUCUGCAGCCUUGCCCUGACUGACUGACCGACUGCCCGAGCAACAGCGCAGAGCUUAUUCCUGUUGAAAAUAGUAGGAAAAUACUUGCAUCAACCUGUUUCUCACUGGCAUUUAAUGAAAAGGCCAUUGCUUCCAUUUGGGGGAAUCUUAAAAGAUCUUAAUAACUCCAAAUGGCUGGGUCAGGUAGAGGAAGAGGACGUGCUGCGUUUACCUUCAACAUUGAGGCUAUUGGCUUUGCUAAAGGUGCUACUCUGCCUGAUGCCAUGUGUAAGCCUCCACCACCAUUUCCUAGUACAGACAAUAAGCCAGUGCCUCUGAAAACAGGAGAAGAUGAAGAUUACAUGUUGGCCUUAAAACAAGAUCUUAGAGGAACUAUGAAAAAAAUGCCAUAUUUUUUGGCAGUAGAAGAAGAUCGUGAAGCAAUUGAGAGGUACAGUAAAAAGUACCAGGACAGUGAAAAGGAGCAUGCAGCAUGGACCCCAGAUUGGAGAAGACUCCCAAGAGAGAUGAAGCCAAAGAAAAAGACCAAAAAAGCUUUCUUCUGCAGAAUUGUGAGUCAGAUCCUUCAACAGCAGUUGGAGCUGGUAUUGGUUGUUCUUACAGGAAAAAACUUUUUUAUUACACAGCAUCAUACAUCAGGUGCAAAACCAAAAAAGGCAAAAAGUUCUGAGCCUAAAAGUAAUCUGGAUGUGUUGAAAAAAAUUGAGGAGUUGGAAAAGAAGGAUGAUGAACAAGAAAAAUCUGAAGAUGAGAAAGACAAAACAAAAGACGAAGAAGGUGAAGAUGAUGAAGAAGCAGAAGAACCAGAGGAAUAUGAUGAAGAGGAGCAUGAAGAGGAAAAUGACUACAUUUCUUCAUAUUUUGAAGAUGGAGAUGACUUUGGUGCUGGCAGUGAUGACAAUAUGGAUGAAGCAACAUAUUAGCUACUGUUGCUAGGUGGUACACUGCUCAAGCCUUACACUACUUGAAAUAGAAUUCUGGAGGUAGGCCGAGUAUCAACAGAACUAAUGCUUUAGCUCUGUUGGUUUUAAGUGUACUCUCCAAAACCACGUUGGACGAUUCUUUUUAAUUGUACUAUGCUGUAAAACAGGCUAUGGGAUCCUUUGUUUUGUUCUUUUGCCAAAUGUUUUGCAGACAUGCACCUUUUUAAGGUUCUCUGGAAUGCCUACUGAUGGAGUAAGCUAUAUACCAUUGUAUUGCCUCUGCACAGAAAAAGAAUGUAUGCAUUUUAUUCGAAAUUGUGCCUAAGCAUUUGCACUAGUCAGUUCUAUGCUUUAGCAGUCAAAUCUUGAAAAUAAUAGUGAAAUUCUUGAUGACUGCAGCAAAAAAGAGAUAUGGCCUUUAUGGACAUAAGCUGCUCAUAUCUGGCAGUUGACUUCUCUGAAAGAAUUUAUGUAACUUCUGAAUUCAGGUGACUGAAAAUAAUUGACAACUAAGCACUUCAACAUAAACUGACUUGAAAGGGCCUUAGUAAUGGGGACAAACAACAUAAUGAGAGUAUUUUGAAGAGCUAUUCUUCUAGUUAAAAGAACUCAUUAUUUUUAGUAUUUUGGUAAAAAGGGACUGUAAUAUUUUAAAUGUGUUACAUUACCUUUAUGAAUCAGCGUAAGUGAUAAAUAAGGGUAAUUUCAUUUAGAAAGAAUAUAUGGCAGAAUUUAAGAUUGAGAAAUUAUGGAAUCCUGGUUUUUACCAGUGGCACACAGAUUAGUGAUAAGAAUUUCAGUCCUUCGCCUUAGUUUCUCCGCCUCUUAAGGCAAUACUUUAUUACCUCACAGAGCUGUUGAGAUGGCAGAUGAUAGCUAUCUAUGUAAUUGUUAAUGCAUUUAUUUACUUUCCUACAGAACAAACAAGACAGAAACUUAACAGACAGCAAAUCAAUACAAAAAAACCAAAAAUGUAGGAAAAGAAUGUGGUGAAGUAUUUUGAUGGAAGAGGUUUUAAUUAGGAAAACAAGAAUGCUGAGAAUAGCAAAAACAGAAUGUUUGGAAACACCAAUUUUAGUUAAGAACCAACAGCUGAAGUGUAGACGCCUUACUUCUGAGAUUAGAUACUUGAAGAACACAGUGACAAGAGCAUUCUCUGUGUCCUACUGUCCUUUGAUGGUACAAAAUAUCAUUGGUCAGUGUUGUUAUAUUACUAUUGAUCAGGGUUGGUUUUUAUUUUCCUUUCUUAAAACAUUCUGUUCCUGAUAACUAGUGCUGUUAUCAGGUCUAAUGAAAGAACAGUUUUAAAACAAAACCAGUUCUUUUAUCAGCAAAGGAAACUAUAGAAGUUUUUCUUGCAAGUUUGGCAUUCUGUCAAGCAGUACUUUACCUCACCGGUGACUGGAAAACUGUACUGCAUUGUUCUAUGAACUUCUGUAUGCAAUAAGAAUGUGUUCCUUAAGGUGUAGCUUUCAAGUGUUCUGAUAAAAUACGUAUCAGAUGUAAAGGAAAUGAAACGAAAAUGCUAUCAGGUCACACCUCAGAGGUAUACCAAUUUUAUUUUGAAGUGUUCAUACCUAUUCAGAUAAUGUUUAAUAAACAUUCUGCUGCAUUGCA